UCGCGUUUCCAGUCACACAAAAAACACUUUCGUUUCAAUAGGAAAACAAAUUGAAAUAGAAUAAAUUUCAGGCACCUUCAGAAUGGCGGACAUGGAGGAAUAUGGUCGUCCCUCGAAAUCAAUUGUCGAUAUAUUCGACGAGCUAGAACGCACCAAUGCGACACGCGUGCCACAAGUCCUGCAGCAGUUGGAGAACGUCCUGGAGCCGGAGGACGAAAUGCUGCUGGCUGAAGGCAGUCGGCGGGGAAAAAAACCCAUUUUCGACUACUAGGACCCCACCAAAUUUUCACGUCACAAACCUAACGGGCGACACCUGCCAAGGUGUUGGCCUGGCAAUUAAUGACUGGCUGAACUUUCCACAUUCACGUGCUCGAGCUGAGCAAACAAAGCCAUCCAGAAGAGCUGAAGGCGUCAACAGCUACACGCAAGCCAAGGGCUGAACUCUAAAAUAUACAAACAAAUUGUGACAAAGUUGCGGAAAUUUAAUUAAAAUCAAAUACAGCCAACUGAGCAAAAGGGGUAACGAAUUGGCAGUCAGGUGUGACCCGAUAGUUUCUAACACGCUCGCAACUUCGUCUGAAUGUCGCUAGUUUUCCGCGUCGUUUAAUAAACAAAAUGUAAACAAAGUUUAACAGCAA